GCACUCGCCCCGGCGCCGGCGGAGGUAGAAGAGCGCCACGCGCACGCUCCGCCCACAUCGCCGACCCUCCCCGGGCCCUGCCGGAUGUCCGCUUCUCGCUGCUCGCAGUCGGAGGACAUGGCGAACCAGGUCAUCAAGUGCAAGGCUGCGGUUGCCUGGGAGGCUGGAAAGCCUCUCUCCAUAGAGGAGAUAGAGGUGGCACCCCCAAAGGCUCAUGAAGUUCGAAUUAAGAUUAUUGCCACUGCAGUUUGCCACACUGAUGCCUAUACCCUGAGUGGGGCUGAUCCUGAAGGGAGUUUUCCAGUGAUCCUGGGACACGAAGGUGCUGGAAUUGUGGAAAGUGUUGGUGAAGGAGUUACUAAGCUUAAGGCAGGUGAUACUGUCAUCCCACUUUACAUCCCACAGUGUGGAGAAUGCAAAUUUUGUCUAAAUCCUAAAACAAACCUUUGCCAGAAAAUAAGAGUCACUCAAGGGAAAGGCUUAAUGCCAGAUGGCACUAGCAGAUUUACUUGUAAAGGAAAGACAAUUUUACAUUACAUGGGAACCAGUACCUUUUCUGAAUACACAGUUGUGGCUGACAUCUCUGUUGCUAAAAUUGAUCCUUUGGCCCCUUUGGAUAAAGUCUGCCUUCUGGGUUGUGGCGUUUCAACUGGUUAUGGUGCGGCUGUGAACACUGCCAAGGUGGAGCCUGGCUCUACUUGUGCUGUCUUUGGCCUGGGAGGAGUUGGAUUGGCAGUUAUCAUGGGCUGUAAGGUGGCUGGUGCAUCCCGGAUCAUUGGUGUGGACAUCAAUAAAGAUAAAUUCGCAAGGGCCAAGGAGUUUGGAGCUUCUGAAUGUAUUAACCCCCAGGAUUUCAGUAAACCUAUCCAGGAAGUGCUCAUUGAGAUGACUGAUGGGGGAGUGGACUAUUCCUUUGAGUGUAUUGGUAACGUGAAAGUCAUGAGAGCAGCGCUGGAGGCCUGCCACAAAGGCUGGGGUGUCAGCGUGGUGGUUGGAGUAGCUGCUUCGGGCGAAGAAAUCGCCACUCGUCCAUUCCAGCUGGUCACAGGCCGCACAUGGAAAGGCACUGCGUUUGGAGGAUGGAAGAGUGUAGAAAGCAUCCCAAAGUUGGUGUCAGAAUACAUGUCCAAAAAAAUAAAGGUUGAUGAAUUUGUGACUCACAAUCUGCCUUUUGACCAAAUAAACGAAGCCUUUGAACUGAUGCAUGCAGGGAAAAGCAUCCGAACAGUCAUAAAGCUUUAAGUUCAAAAGAGAAAAAUUUGUCCCUCCUUGCACCCAAGUCUUGUGGUCUGAUUGGAGCAGCCAGACAAGCAGGGAGGAGCUCUUUCAAGUUCACAGCUUCCUUAGACCUUCAUUAACCUACUCUAGGGAAUAACGUUUUCUGGAUAAAUCACAAGUCUCUAAUCAAGGACAAGACUCGUACUGUCAUAAAUCUGUUUUCUGGACUCUUCUUCACAUAAGUCGUGCUAGCUCAUUAAGGAAUAUUUUUUAACAUAAUAAAAGGAAUUUCUGCAUA